CUUUUUCAAGUAAUUGUUUGUCCAGUUUAUGAAAACACACAUCAUUGCAGGCCUUCUUAUAUUUCCUACCCCAAGAUUUUCUCGUCAAAUGCAAAGUUCUCCUCUUUAUUUUCGUCCUUAUCUUUUCCUUCCACUUUAUAAUAAAUAAACACACACAUAAACACACUUCCAUUUGUAACUCCAAAACGUAUCAUCUUUGAUUACUAGUCUCCUAUUCUCUUGAGUUACAAAAACUAUGAAGAGUGUUUCAAAGAACAAGUUCUUAACCUGUUUCCGUCCUGUUGUUGAUAUUGAUGCCAUGACCAUGCUUGACUCUGGACCUGCCCUUGAUCGCUCUGCUACUCGUCAUAUUACAGACAAACAUGACACCAGAAAUUCAUCCACCAAAUCCAUAUUUUCCGACCCGAAAUCGGUAGAGGACCGGGUUGUGCGUCAGCCUUCAAAACGAGCGUUUGCUAAGGUGAUCAAAGCUGUGGUGUUUGAAACCAUAUUGAAUACAAGAGCUCGCAAUAAGAAACUUUAUAGCCAAAGCUGUUUUGGAUCAAGGCGUAGUUAUUCGGCACAUGCAGAUAGUUCAUCAACUGGUAAUGGGAAAUCUACUAUGAGUCUAGUAUCUUUGGACUCUAAUAUCAAAGAAAUAAAGACUAUGGAAUUGUCUUUGUCAAGUCCAUCACCUUCAAGCUCACGGGUUUCAGAAGAUGAGUCCUGUGAAGACCAAUUAGAGAAGCAAAACAAGUGCCUUUUACAAGGAAUAUGCAUGAUUCUCAUAAGCUUAGCAGUUACGGUCCUUUGGGGUAAGAUUGAUGUUAUCAUUUUGACAUCAAUGUUGUUCUGUAUUUGCUCUGUUUGGAACCGGCGAAAAGAGGUUGCUAAGUUGUGGAAGACAGAUUCCAAUGCCUCCAAGAAUAGAGAGAAUAGUGGAAGGACUAGGUUGGGAAAGAAAUUUUUUCUAAAUUCUAAUAGACACUGACCCUGUUUUUAAUGUACAAAUAAGUUGGACUAAGAGAAGAUGAGUGUAGUGAAACAAGAGAGAAAAGAGGAUGAAGUGAAAAAAAUUGAGAUUUUUAUGUUGUUUGAAUUUAUAGAAAUGGAACAUAAAUUGAAAAGAAAGAAAACUGCUAUUAAUUUAUUUGAAAAAUGUGAAUGUAAAGAAUAUGAGAAUUAUAUUAUUGUUACUACUUUAUCAUGGUACAUUAUGUAUA